UAUAUUUGGUUGAAACUGUCAAGGUGGUCAAAUUUGUCAUCAAUUUGGCAUUAACUAUACUUUGUUAUAUUCACCUUGUCAAUUAAACACUGCGUGUUUUGGCCAAUCGUUUUGACGCUGGUCACUUUCUGUAAACACACCAGUUUAGCAAAAACUGACCACUCUUUUUCAUCCAACAAUUUUCAUGAGCGUGCUUUUUCAAUGCAUGGCCUAACUAUCUGAGCCAAACAAAGUAAUUGUUGCUGCGCAUAUUUUGGGCAAUUAAAAGGAAUUAACUUCAAAAAAUAUCAUUAGCCAUGAAUUUUAAUUUGGUGUCUUUGCUUGCAAUUUUAUUUUUCUUUCUUCUUUUUACCUCUGUGAACACUCAGUUUACCCAAGAUGUCAAGAACGACUUCCAGACGAUAUUCGACAAUGUGUUCCUCAACAGUCGAUGUCAGGACCGCACCCGCUGCAUGAUGAGCGAGUGGGACUAUGUGAAAGAUUUGACAAAUGACAUGGAUGACCAGUACAUUGGACCCACUAUCUACAUACAGCCUGGCAACUGGUACUACGACAGGGACAACAAAGACCCCGUCCACAUUUCCCACUUCAUGUGUGCCGCCACACAGGACUUUGAUGACGUCGCUUUCUACAGUUGGUUCAAAGACGGACAGGAGAUUCAGGUCACAAGCCCGGAGAACAAGCACAUCGCUAUAGCUGGGGGUCUGCUGUCGAUCAACACCCCCACGGAGGAGGACGCCGGUGCUUACUACUGUUCUGCAACCAACAUCGCCGGAACCAGCAUCAGCAGGACCAGAAAUCUAUACACAGCACACGUCGAUGAGUUCACAGGAGGCGCAAGAAUCGAAGUCGUGUCCUCAAAUGGAGUAGCAGUGAUUGCUUGUAACAGACCCGAAUUCUUCAAAAAUCUGGAUUUCUUUUGGACACGACAACGCCUUCUUCCGAACGGAACUCUGCUUGACGAGCAGGAAUUUAUCGAGGAAAACGACCGCUUCAUUAUUGACGAGAAUAACGGCAACCUCUAUAUGAUUAAGCCGAACCCGAGCGACUUGAACCGAGUAUACAAGUGUGUCGUGCGGAACGAGAAAGAGUAUGAGCAGGAGACAGGGAGCUACGACUUCGUCUACGGACCGCCGGUGACAAUCCGGAGGAGCCGGGAUCUGCCGACGAUGAACGAUCUCUCGUUCAAGUUCCCGACCAACGAGAAUUUGGAGUAUAGUAUUCGAGCAUCGAGAAACAUCACUAUGUGUUGUAUUGCAGAUGGAGGCUACGACCUGCUGACGUACACUUGGACAGUUCCAAAUGCGGAGACAGGCAACUACUUUUACCGGUUCCAGGGUGCCAAGUUGGAAAUCAUAGGAGCCACUCUGGACAACAACGGGGAGUACGAGUGCUCUGUGAGGAACAGGGAGAGAGAGACCUCUAUCAAGAUGAACUUAUACGUCUAUGAGCGACCUAGGAUCACGAAGCCACUGCAGAACCUGGAAGCGAGAGCGGGAGAGCAACACACAUUAAGUUGUGAGGCAAGCGCAGAGCCAGCGCCCACGUACCAGUGGUACUUCAACGGACAGCCCAUCAGACAGGGGUCGGGUCUGAGUCCGAACGGGAAUGCACUCGAGUUCGAGAUCCUGCGGGACGAACAUUCGGGCAUGUACCAAUGUGAAGCGUUCAACGAACACGGCAACGCAAUCACAACCGCUCAAGUCACUGUCGAUGACGUGGAGCCUAUCUUUGUGUCUCAAUUUGGGUGGCGAGUGGACGGAAGUCUGGUGUUCGAGGAGGGAUAUGAUGGAAGGAUUGAGUGCAGACCCUUUGCAAUUCCCAGGCCCAUUUUCAGCUGGAGCUUCGAGGCCAACCCUAUCCAGAACAACACCAAGUACCAGAUGUGGCUGAAUGGUACUCUCUAUAUCAAACAGGUGACAGGGGAGGAUAAUGGAGACUAUAAGUGUCUGGCACAAGGAGGGGGCAACAGUGAGGCCAUGAACUUCGAAGUGUCCGUCAUCCCGCGUGUGGACGUGCAGAUGGACACUAAUCCACUGACCACUCGAGUCAACCGAAGUUUGGACCUCAAGUGUGAGCUGGCCUCCGAGAACCCGAACGAGGGCAUGUUCCUCUGGUUUCUCAAUGGCCUCGAACUCAGCCCCAGUGGAAAUGAAUCCAUCAUUCCCAUCGAGAAACACUAUAGACGACUGGAUUCCAUCUUCGGAUCGGACGACUUUGCGAUGCAAAUCCAAAACAACAUGACAUUCGCAAUGACCGAGAAGUUUCCUUACUUUUAUCCUUCAUCUUCCCGUGAUAGCAAUCCUUUCUACCCCUCGUCGGGGCCGGGUAAGUUCACCCGGAAUGACGCCAAUGUCGUCCAAAGUGUAGAGAGCGAAGCGGAGUGGCUUGAGUUGCGUAAAUGGGACCCCUACAACCCAUACAAGAGCAGCGAGCAGUUCCAGCAGGAGUUGAAGGCGGAGAAUGAUACCAUCUUGAGGUACUACGAGACAGACAUUCCCUGGUACAUCCAGUCCCAGUUCCGGCACAGGGAAGCUCUUCAUUACAUAAUGGUGAAGGACGGGGUGAAGAAUGGGACUCUGAGACUUUACAGACCCCAGAAGUGGCAGGAGGGAACAUACAGGUGCUGCUACGUCACUCUUUACGGACAGACAUGCAAGGAGGUCCAAGUAUCCGUCAUAGACACACCCCCUGAGCCGCUCAAUGUGCAAUUGGACACGAAAUCACUGGUGCUAACGUGGGGACAUCCGGGUCGACCGAGAGACAACAAAGUGCUCAAGAUUGAGAAGUUCUUGAUCAUGGCCGAAACGCUCCCCCUGUACCCCAUCCCGGAUCUGAUGCAGCCGUUGCCUAUGGAAAAAACAUUCCAGUUCCCGGACCCCUUUUUUCCAAUCGAAGGGGCUCUAGGGCUCUGGCCACCAAAGGGAUUUGUUAGGAUAGCUGAAGCGAGACCAGAAGCAUCCAAAAUAGACUUGUCAAAUGUCAUUGUCGGCUACAACACCAUGCGUUUCAAAGUAGUCGCAGUAAAUGCGAUCGGAGCAAGUUCACCCAGUCCCCCCACAGCAGAUUUGGUCAUACCCCAGUCCCAACCGAAGAUGGUAGUGAAGAAUAUCCGAGGGGGGCAUGCAUUGAGGGCGGAGAGCAAACGGCUGUUAGCUGUGGCCUUUGAUCCGGUGCCCGUGGACCAGUUUGGAGCAGACAACUGCUACUGCAACGUGUACUAUCGAGAGACUGGAUCGAACUCCAACUUCCAGGUGCAGACGAUGAGGUCCCCCUUCCAGACCCAGAUUACAAUCCAACUUAGAACUGACUUUUUCACUGUGGGGGGCAGUACCAUCGGGAGUCGAAACAAUCUGCAGGAGUUCGAUGUUCAGAUUGAGAUAGCAAAUAAGGUCGGCAAAGGUCCGAAGUCGCCCAUCGUGAAAGUGAAAGAAGUACCGUUGCCUCCUAACCAGGUAGUUACAAACGUGAAAGUUACUCCAACCUCUGGUUCUUCGGUGUUGGUCACCUUUGAGGGAAUCGAUACUUCGAAGGAACCGACAUUUGUCGGCUACCAAGUUGAAUACUUCAAGCACAGCGACGAAGAUUUCGAUGUGUUGAAUUAUGAAUUCGAGUUUUCGACGGGAAACUCGACUCGAAUGCAGGAAGUGAAUGUGUUCGAGUUGGAACCAGCGAUGAACUACAAGUUCAAAGUGCGAGCUGUGAACGCGGGGGGUUUGGGACCUCCGUCGAAGCAAACGUUCGGUGAAACAUACAUGGCAGAGCCGAGUCAGCAACCACAAGACGUACGAGUCUAUUCAUUCGAUGGCGAAAACUCAGUGAGGGUCCAGUGGUCUCCAAUAGAGGUGUCCGAUCGCGAGGCACAGCUCGAUGGCUACAGGGUGUUCUACUGGGAGGUGGGACAAAAAGACAAUGAGAGUGCUUACAUGGACUGGUUCAGGGAAUCCCAAAAUGACGAGGAGUUGUUCCUCACAGACCUCUUGCCUGGACAGAGGUAUUACAUCAUAGUGCAGCCCUUCAGUGACGGCGGAUUCGGACCCAGGAGCGAAGCAUACCCAUUCUUAAUGCGAGAAACGAUUUUCAACGAAAUGUACAUAGACGGAGCUUCAAGGCUGCAGAACUUCCUAUCAGUGGUCAUUCCGAUGUGUCUUCUGACUGUUUUCUCUUCCGGACUAUUUUAAAACCGACAUAUCAAUAAAAAACAAACAGUUUGUCACAAAAUUAGUGAUCAUUGUAAAUAAGACUUGAACGCUGACUAUAUGAAAAUUUAUUUUGAGAAAAAAGUAACAGUUACGAAUCAGCUGACAAUUUUAACCAUUGCACAGCGUCCUUUAUCAUUAAAUUUUGCUAGUUUUUUUAAACUGACUGUGGUAUGACUACAAACCAAACUAUAUAUAUGGUGCUUAUUCUGAUGCUUAAAACCUGCAGAAAUGGCAAAAUAGAUAAAACUGUUUGAACAAUCCACCUCCCAUAAUCCAUCUUAUAUGAAAUUGGUUUUUUUUCUGCCUCCAAAAUAUGGUUAUAAUUUAAUUAGAUUUGAAUUUUUGGAUCAAGUUAACAUUCUACCCAGCAGAUAAACCAAGUUAUGAUCCUCCACCCCAGUGUUUAUUUUGGAUUGAAUGUGCUGAGCUGAGCGCUGAGUGUAAAAUGCCAGCUUGUGAUAUGCUGAAAAUUCGGAUUUGGGGGAUGUUAACUUGGUCCGAACUCUUAAAAAAUAAUUAAUUAGUCGUAUUAUAAACCAAUUAAAUGAUAAACCAAGCAAAAAAAGUGAGCAGUUACCGAUUAUUUAUGUUACAUUUGUAAUGCAGUGUCCGGCAAAUCAGGCGACAGCUGUUAGGACAAAACUUUUCUCGGAAAAUUAGGAAGACAUUUAAAAUUUAGCUGGCUUUAAUUGCGUAAACUUCCAAUGUUAAGACUUCAUGAAUUUAUUGUCCAAGCUUAGAUUUUAGUUGUCUUAUCGCUUUAAUGGUUUGUCGUUUUAGUUAUCGAGCACUAAAUAAUCUAAGGCAAAACUCAAUGUACAUGACGUAACUUUUGACUGUUAUAGUUUACUCUUCAAAUUUUGGCCGGUUUAUAUUUCGCUUGUUUUGCUCACUCCGCUCAAUUUGCUCACUUUGCACACUCCGCUCACACCAUGCUGAAGUCAAAUUUUUCAAAUGAAUCUUUUGUAAAGUUACUUGUUUUCAAAAACAUAAUAAAUUUUGUUGGCAUGCAGUAUUAUGAUUUUUUCUUCGUAUUUGAAAUUCAAU